UUAAUUACGCAAUAAUUUAAUUCGUUUUUACAUGUUUUAUGUCAAAUUGUGAGUGAAAAUGUCUUUCCUAACGGAAUAUUUCGAUGAGUACCGCGCGAAGCCUAUCAGAAAGACUAAAAUGUGUCGUCCAGAAGCGCGGUGGGCGAAGCUCGAAGGAAAAUGGUUGGAUCCUAAAAAGGGCGGGUCUGAAGAGAGAGUGUGGAGUGAUGAAGAAAUCGAGGCUUUCAUUAAGGAGACGAUGAAGAGUCUACGAGGACGGUCCACUUACUUCAAUGACUACUGCGGCCAUCUUGACCCGGAAAUCGCCACGCGGCCGUUCGUCUCGCGCGUAAAGAAGCUCCCCCUCUGCAGCGAGCUUGAGAAGGGGAAGGAGGGGGAAGUUGCGCCCCCGCCACCAGCCGCCAAGCUAGCUCUCAAGGACACGGAGGUCAUGAAGAUGGCCAAGGAUCUGUAUGAACAGGACAUGGACAAACCCACGCUAGAGCCGCUCCCGACGCAUUUGAGAAUAUUAGGCUACGUUCGGCCCUCCCUCUGGAAAACCGGCAUCAGCGACUACCAGAACGGCGUAGCGCGGCUAGCGUAUGAAAUGGUCCGCGACAACCGCCUGCCCCGCUACCACGCGCACAACGGUUGCCGGCCGCGCUGGGGAUACCCCCCGGAAGGUGUGCGGCAACCGGAGCUGGAUGGAGCGCCUUUUGAUGGCGAACGAUUGUAUUAA